AUGUACUAUGUACUACUGAAAUGGAACUCAGACUCAGAACGACUAACCAAUGAGAAUCUACCACGCAACUGUUAUCAGAUCUACGACUGUUUGCCUGCAUCCCGUCUUGGUUGGACGUAUCUGGACUUACGUAAUAGUAACAUCACCGUUCUUCCAACGAAUCUACUCGAAGACUUGUCAGAAUUAUCUCUUCUUCUAUUAUCUAAUAAUCGACUUGUAGGUCUCCCUUAUAACACAUUCAUUGGGCUGUCCAAGCUUACUCUUCUGGAUAUUGGCGAUAAUUACUUAACAAACCUAACGAAAAUAUUGACUGCCAAUCUCUUCGUUUGUUGUGUUAAGCCGACACCCGAGACUGAGUGUUUUGAACCAAUAUCAUCAUUGCAGAGUUGUCAUAGGAACCCAGACACCUGUAGAUAUAAAGGUCAUGCAAUAUCAUCAUGUUAUGCUUUGAUAAGUUCAUAUAUUCUAAAAACCUGCCUUUGGAUUAUUGGAAUAUGUGCUUUAACAGGAAAUCUUGCCGUCAUAGUCUACAGAAUAUUCUUUGACAGAGAAAACAUUACAAAGAACUAUUCACUGUUCACAUUGAAUUUGGCUAUUUCUGAUUUACUAAUGGGUAUCUACCUUCUGAUAAUUGGUAUGGUUGAUGCGCAUUAUAACGGUGUAUAUGCCUGGAAUGACCAGAAAUGGAGAAAGAGCAUUUUAUGUACCACGGCAGGUAUCCUAUCUAGUGUAUCCAGCGAAAUGUCGACAUUUCUUAUUUUAAUGGUUUCAGUAGACAGACUUAUUGUUAUUAUGUUCCCCCUAUCCCGUCUCUCCCGACGGAGUAUUUCAUGGAGAAUGGCACUGAUUGUCUCAGUGUUAUUCUGGAUAGUCUCCGUAACGCUGGCAAUCAUCCCUACGGUCACUCUGCAAUCCUACUUCAAAGGCGAAUUCUACUCUCAAUCAAGUGUAUGCCUCGCCCUUCCUCUUACAACGGACAUCCAAUCAGGAACAGAAUAUUCCUUUGCUGUAUUUGUUUGUCUCAACAGCAUCAUCUUCACUAUUAAAGUGGUAUGUCAGAUAUGUAUUUUCAAAAGUAUCAGAACCAGUGGAAGACGAGUUACAUCAUCACAGAAUCGCCAAAGAGAGACGAAUGUUGCAAUAACUCUGUUCUUUGUGGUAGUGACAGACUUUUGCUGUUGGUGUCCCAUUGGUAUCAUGGGUUUGGCUUCUAGAUAUCGGGUGGAGAUUCCUGGGGGCGUGUAUGCCUGGGUGAUGGUGUUCGUACUACCAAUUAAUGCCGCCAUCAAUCCGUUUCUGUACACCGCUACAGCAAUCUGGAGGCGAAGACAAAAGGAAGAUGAUCUUUUUAUCAAUGUUCAUGACAGCAAUGCAAAACUUGGUGUUUUAUGGUAG